AUGUUUCAAGACGGUGUAUCUUCCGAUAACCAGUCGCAUUUUAUGAACACAGACUGGAUUGAAGACGACGGUUUACUCUUGACCGUUCCCGAGCUGACCGUUCUGGAUGAAACCGGACUCAGUCAGUUCACAUUAGAAACGUCAUCACUGCAAUAUGAACCACUUUUUGAUCCACAGAUCGACGCUUCCACCAUUCUGUAG